GAGGAGGUUUCCAGCCUCACACCGUUAAUUAAACUGAGAAAUCCGUGAAGGUUUUGUGAGGAGGGGAUUCUUGGAGAAGAUAUCUCUCGAGUCACAGGCAGCUUCCUUACCUUUUUUUUUUUUUUCAUUUUUAUUGGAGUAUAGUUGAUUUACAAUGUUGCGUUAGUUUCUGCUGUACAGCAAAGUGAAUCAGUUAUACGUAUACAUAUAUCCACUCUUUUUUUAGAUUCUUUUCCCAUAUAGGUCAUUACAGAGUACUGAGCAGAGUUCCCUGUGCUUAUCAGUAUAGCCUCCUUAUCCCUAUGCAAUUUCAGAUCCACAGGCCAGGACUUUAUCACACUUGUCAUGUGACACAUGACCCUCAACCUCACUGUAUCUGAACCUCCGAAUAACUCCUCUCUUCCAGGUGAACUAUGACCACUUUACUCUUCGUGUUUCUGACUCUGAGAGUCAUCGCAGCAGCCAUCUCAGUAGAAGUUUCAGACCCUGACAACUCGCUGAGUGUCAGCAUCCCUGAACCGUCCCCGCUGCGGGCCCUCCUGGGGAGCUCCCUCACCAUCCCCUGCUACUUCAUCGACCCCAUGCACCCCGUGACCACCGCCCCCUCCACCGCCCCCGUCGCCCCAAGAAUCAAGUGGAGCUGCAUUUCCAAGGAGAAGGAGCUGGUGCUGCUGGUGGCGACUGAAGGGCAGGUGCGGGUUAACAGUGCCUACCGAGACAGGGUCACGCUGCCCAACUACCCGGCCAUCCCCAGCGACGCCACCCUGGAAAUCCAGAACCUGCGCUCCAAUGACUCUGGGAUCUAUCGCUGCGAGGUGAUGCACGGCAUCGAGGACAGCAAGGCCACCGUGGAGGUCGUGGUGAAAGGCAUCGUGUUCCAUUACAGAGCCAUCUCCACACGCUACACCCUGGACUUCGACAGGGCGCAGCGAGCCUGCCUGCAGAACAGCGCCAUCAUCGCCACGCCCGAGCAGCUGCAGGCCGCCUAUGAGGACGGCUUCCACCAGUGCGACGCCGGCUGGCUGGCAGACCAGACUGUCAGGUACCCUAUCCACACUCCAAGGGAAGCCUGCUAUGGGGACAAGGAUGAAUUUCCCGGUGUAAGAACCUACGGCAUCCGUGACACCAAUGAAACCUAUGACGUGUACUGCUUCGCAGAGGAGAUGGAGGGCGAGGUCUUUUAUGCAACAUCCCCGGAGAAGUUCACCUUCCAGGAGGCAGCCAAUGAGUGCCGGCGGCUGGGCGCCCGGCUGGCCACCACGGGCCAGCUCUACCUGGCCUGGCAGAGUGGCAUGGACAUGUGCAGCGCCGGCUGGCUGGCCGACCGCAGCGUGCGCUACCCCAUCUCCAAGGCCCGGCCCAACUGCGGGGGCAACCUCUUGGGCGUGAGGACUGUCUACCUGCACGCCAACCAGACGGGAUACCCCGACCCCUCAUCCCGCUACGACGCCAUCUGCUACACAGGUGAAGACUUUGUGGACAUCCCAGAAGAUUUCUUCGGGGUGGGUGGUGAGGAGGACAUCACCAUCCAGACGGUGACCUGGCCUGAUGUGGAGCUGCCUUUGCCACGAAACAUCACCGAGGGUGAAGCCCGAGGCAGCGUGAUCCUCACAGUGAAACCCGUCUUUGACAUCACCCCUACCGCCCUGGAGCCCGAGGAGCCCCUCACUUUUGCCCCCGAAGUAGGGGCCACCGCCUUCUCUGAGGCCGAGAACAGGACUGGAGAGGCUACCCGGCCCUGGGCCUUUCCCGAGGAGUCCACACCUGGCCUGGGCGCUCCGACGGCCUUCACCAGCGAGGACCUCGUUGUGCAGGUGACCGCAGCCCCAGGUGCAACCGAGGUCCCUGGGCAGCCACGACUGCCAGGGGGAGUUGUGUUCCACUACCGCCCGGGCUCCUCCCGCUACUCGCUGACCUUUGAGGAGGCCCAGCAGGCCUGCCUGCGCACCGGGGCCGUCAUCGCCUCGCCCGAACAGCUCCAGGCCGCCUAUGAAGCAGGCUACGAGCAGUGUGACGCUGGCUGGCUGCAGGACCAGACCGUCAGAUACCCCAUUGUGAGCCCACGGACCCCAUGUGUGGGUGACAAGGACAGCAGCCCGGGGGUCCGGACCUAUGGCGUGCGACCACCAUCAGAAACCUACGAUGUCUACUGCUACGUGGACAGACUCGAUGGGGAGGUGUUCUUCGCCACAAGCCCGGAGCAGUUCACCUUCCAGGAAGCACAGGAGUUCUGUGAAACCCAAAACGCCACACUGGCCACCACGGGCCAGCUCUAUGCUGCCUGGAGCCAGGGCCUGGACAAGUGCUACGCUGGCUGGCUAUCUGACGGCAGCCUCCGCUACCCCAUCGUCACCCCAAGGCCUGCCUGCGGUGGGGACAAGCCAGGUGUGAGAACCGUCUAUCUCUACCCCAACCAGACAGGCCUCCUGGACCCGCUGUCCCGGCACCACGCCUUCUGCUUCCGAGGCAUCCCAGCGGCGCCGUCUCCAGGAGAAGAGGAGGGUAGGACACCCACAGAACGCCCUGAGGUGGAAGCCUGGAUCACUACUGAAGUGGGGCCCAGCGUGGCUGCUGUUCCUGUUGGGGAGGAGACGACUGCAAUCCCAGACUUCACCACUGAGCCAGAAAACCAGACGGAAUGGGAGCCCGCCUACACGCCAGCGGGCACUUCCCCACUGCCAGGGGUCCCUCCUACAUGGCUUCCCACUAGCACAGCAACAGAGGAGAGCACAGAAGGCCCUUCUGCAACGGAAGUGCCCUCAGCCUCGGAGGAGCCAUUGCCCUCAGAAAAGCCGUUGCCCUCAGAAGAACCAUUCCCCUCUGAGGAGCCAUUCCCCUCAGAGGAACCGUUCCCCUCAGAGAAACCGUUCCCCUCAGAGAAACCGUUCCCCUCAGAGGAGCUGUUCCCCUCAGAGGAGCCAUCCACACUUUCAGCCCCGGUGCCCAGCAGGACUGAGCUGCCAGGCUCUGGGGAGGUAUCUGGGGUGCCUGAAGUCAGUGGUGACUUCACAGGCAGUGGCGAAAUUUCAGGACACCUAGACUCCAGUGGGCAGCCUUCAGGGGAAAUUGCAAGUGGACUGCCCUCUGAAGACCUUGACUUCAGUGGGCUCACCUCUACAGUGGGCUCAGUCCUGCCUGUGGAAAGUGGACUGGCUUCAGGAGAUGAAGAUAGAAUUACGUGGACCACCACUCCUGAAGUUGACAGGUUGCCCUCUGGAGGUGAGGUCCCAGAGGGCUCUGUCUCUGGAGUAGGGGACCUCAGUGGACUUCCUUCUGUAGGUGAGGAUCAUCUAGAGACCUCUGCUUCUGGAGUAGGGGACCUUAGUGGACUUCCUUCUGGAAGAGAGGACCUAGAGACCUCUGUCUCUGGAGUAGAGGACCUCAGUGGACUUCCUUCUGGAGAAGGUCCAGAAACCUCUGCCUCUGGAAUAGAGGAUCUCAGCAGACUUCCUUCUGGAGAAGGUCCAGAAGCCUCUGCCUCUGGAGUAGAGGACCUUAGUGGACUUCCUUCUGGAGGAGAGGGUCUAGAGACCUCUGUCUCUGGAGUAGAGGACCUCAGUGGACUUCCUUCUGUAGGUGAGGAUCAUCUGGAGACCUCUGCUUCUGGAGUAGGGGACCUUAGUAGACUUCCUUCUGGAAGGGAAAGUCUGGAGGUCUCUGCUUCUGGAGCUGAGGAUCUUAGUGGGUUGACUUCUGGAAAAGAAGACUUGAUUGGGUCAGCUUCUGGAGUCUUGGACCUUGGCAGAAUACCUUCUGGAACUCUAGGAAGUGGGCAAGCUCCAGAAGCAGGUGGCCUUCCCUCUGGAUUUAGUGGUGAGUAUUCUGGGGUGGACCUUGGAAGUGGCCCAUCUUCUGGCCUUCCUGACUUCAGUGGACUUCCAUCUGGGUUCCCAACUGUCUCCCUAGUGGAUACUACGUUGGUGGAAGUGGUCACAGCCACCACUGCAGGUCAACUAGAAGGAAGGGGAACCAUUGGCAUCAGUGGUGCUGGAGAAACAUCUGGGCUGCCCUUCAGUGAGUUGGACAUUAGUGGAGGAGCAAGCAGACUCUCUUCAGGAGCUGAACUCAGUGGCCAGGCAUCUGGGACUCCUGACAUCAGUGGGGAAACAUCUGGACUCUUUGGUGUCAGUGGACAGCCAUCAGGGUUUCCUGACAUUAGUGGGGGAACAUCUGGACUUUUUGAGGUCAGUGGGCAGCCAUCAGGGUUUUCUGGGGAAACAUCUGGUGUGACUGAGCUUAGUGGACUGUCCUCCGGACAACCAGAAAUCAGUGGAGAAGCUUCUGGAGUUCUUUCUGGCAUUGGUCCACCAUUUGGCAUAACCGACAUGAGUGGAGAAACGUCCGGGAUCCCUGAUCUCAGUGGGCAGCCAUCAGGGUUACCAGGGUUCAGUGGGACAACAUCCGGAAUCCGUGACCUGGUUUCCAGUGCCGUGAGUGGCAGUGGUGAAUCUUCUGGCAUUACAUUCGUGGACACCAGUUUGGUUGAAGUGACCCCAACUACAUUUAAAGAAGAAGAAGGUUUAGGGUCCGUGGAACUCAGUGGCCUCCCUUCAGGAGAGGCAGAUCUCUCAGGCACAUCUGGGAUAGUGGAUGUCAGUGGACUCUCUUCUGGAGUAAUUGACUCCAGUGGGUUUACACCCCAGCCUCCAGAAUUCAGUGGCCUGCCAAGCAGAGUAGCUGAGGUCAGUGGAGAGUCCUCUGGAGCUGAGAGUGGGAGCAGCCAGCCCUCCGGAGCAUAUGAUGGCCGUGGACUUCCAUCUGGUUUCUCCACUGUCUCUCUUGUAGACAGAACUUUGGUGGAAUCUGUAACCCAGGUUCCCACAGCCCAAGAAGCAGGAGAAGGGCCUUCGGGCAUUUUGGAACUUAGUGGUGCCCCAUCUGGAGCACCAGACAUGUCUGGAGACCAUUCAGGACUUUUGGACCUAAGUGGACUUCAGUCUGGACUGGUAGAGCCCAGUGGAGAGCCAUCAAGUACUCCAUAUUUUAGUGGGGACUUUUCUGGCACCACUGAUGUAAGCGGAGAAUCCUCUGCACCCACGAGCACCAGUGGGGAGGCCUCAGGACUUCCAGAAGUUACUUUAAUCAUUUCUGAGUUCGUGGAGGGUGUUACUGAGCCUACUGUUUCCCAGGAACUGGGCCAAAGACCCCCUGUAACAUACACCCCCCAGCGUUUUGAGUCCAGUGGAGAAACCUCUGCAUCUGGGGAUACACCAAGAUUCCCCGGGUCUGGGGUAGAAGCAUCAUCAGUCCCAGAAUCUAGCAGCGAGACGUCUGCCUAUCCUGAGGCUGAGGUGGGAGCAUCUGCUGUCCCCGAGGCCAGCGGAGGCACUUCCAGGUCCCCUGAUCUGAGUGGAACCACCUCCACCUUCCAUGAAGCUGAUCUGGAGGGAGCCUCAGGCCUGGGAGUGACAGGUAGCACCUCAGCCUUUCAGGAAGGCCCCAGGGAGGGCUCGGCUGCCCCGGAAGUGAGCGGAGAGUCAACCACCACCUAUGACGUGGGCACAGAGGCAUCAGGCUCACCUUCGGCCACUCCCAUGGCUUCUGGAGACAGGACUGAAAUCAGCAGAGACCUGUCUGGUCACACCUCGGGGUUGGAUGUUGUCAUCAGCACCACCAUCCUGGAAUCCAAGUGGACGCAGCAGACCCAGAGCCCUGCAGAGGCGCAUCUAGAAAUGGAGUCCUCAAGCCCCGAGCACUCAGGAGAAGAGACCCAAACAGCCAAAACACCCACCUCCCCAACUGAUGCUUCCAUCCCAAACUCUCCAGGAGGGACAGAUGAAUCAGAGGCAACCAUGGCAGACCCCACCACCUGUGCCAAGGAGCCCUGCGGUGCAGGGACCUGCCAGGAGACAGAGGGACACAUCAUAUGCCUGUGUCCCCCUGGCCACACUGGCAAGCACUGAGACAUAGACAUUGACGAGUGCCUCUCAAGCCCUUGUCUGAAUGGAGCCACCUGCGUGGACGCCAUCGACUCUUUCACAUGCUUAUGCCUUCCCAGCUACCAAGGGGACCUGUGUGAGAUCGACCAGAAGCUGUGUGAGAAGGGCUGGACCAAGUUCCAGGGCCACUGUUACCGCCACUUCCCCGACCGGGCGACCUGGGUGGACGCCGAGGGCCAGUGCCGGAAGCAGCAGUCACACCUGAGCAGCAUCGUCACCCCUGAGGAGCAGGAAUUUGUCAACAACAAUGCUCAGGACUAUCAGUGGAUCGGCCUGAAUGACAAGACCAUCGAAGGAGACUUCCGCUGGUCAGAUGGACACUCCUUGCAAUUUGAGAACUGGCGCCCCAACCAGCCGGACAACUUCUUUGCCACUGGGGAGGACUGCGUGGUGAUGAUCUGGCAUGAGAAGGGCGAGUGGAAUGACGUUCCCUGCAAUUACCAGCUGCCCUUCACGUGUAAAAAGGGCACAGUGGCCUGCGGAGAGCCCCCCGUGGUGGAGCACGCCAGGAUCUUCGGGCAGAAGAAGGACCGGUACGAGAUCAAUUCCCUGGUGCGGUACCAGUGCACCGAGGGCUUUGUCCAGCGCCAUGUGCCCACCAUCCGGUGCCAGCCCAGCGGGCACUGGGAGGACCCUCGGAUCACCUGCACAGACCCCUCUACCUACAAGCGCAGACUACAGAAGCGGAGCUCACAGCCCCUGCGGAGGAGCCGCCCCAGCACGGCCCACUGAGAGGAGCUUCCAGGAUGUGCCCAGGAUGCUGAGCCCAGGAGCCUUGCCAGGCUGACAUCCCACAGGGAUGGUGUCCUCUCCUUGUCGCUUUCUGUCAUAUAAGGAAUUCCAUUAAAGAAGGAAAAAAAAUAAAUCCCACAUUGUGUAUGCACCCCCCCACCCCCCCAAAUCGCCAAACUGCAUCUAAUUUUCCUCCCAAAUGCCAAAGCAAAGCAAACGUAUUGUAACCCGUGGACUGAGUUUAGAGACGUUUCUUCAAUCCCCCGUUGUGCCUUUCCAGGGACCAGCGCAGGGACAGGGGGAGAAGGGGAGGAGUUAAGUUAAAUAAAGAAGGUAAUUUUUUGUUUCCUGACUUCAUCCAAGAGCAGUGCAAUCGUUGGUUCUUUCACCUCCAGGGAGAGCUAGGGAGGAGGGAGGAAGGGGCAGAGGCCUGAGGGCAUGAAGAGUGCGGAACCGCAGCUGAAUGUAUGGGAUGAGACGGAGUCUGAGGGCUGCACCAUCUGUGCGGGGGAGAAGCCUGGGGGAGACGGGGUGGCUUCCGGCCGCAGGUGAGCGGGCAGGAGAGAGCAAUCGAGGGAUCUUCCGAGGCGUGGGGGUCGGGUUCCUUCCGAGGGACCCUUUUCCAGAGUCGUCUCACCCAGGUCUGCCACCCCAGCAGGUGUCGAUCUCGAUCUCUGGCAGGGCUGGGCGGGGGGCAUUUCCUUCCCAGUGGGAGUGCCGCCCAACCCUCCCCCCUCCCUCCCCCACCCCCCGGGACCGUGCAGGCACCAGGGUUCCGUGCACCUAUUUAUAUUUUUGAAAACUAAAGAUUAUGAUAAUUAUAAUGAUAAUAAAGA